UUGGAACCCGGAGUCAGGAUUCAAUAAAUGUGUGGUCGGUUGGAAAGGAGUUGGUCAGGAUGGCUGAUGGGACACCAGAUGAGUUUAUUUGGUGUGAGGACUGCGGACAGUUCCAUGACUCGGAGUGUCCAGAGUUGGGUCCUGUGGUCACGGUCCAGGACUCUUUUGUUUUGAGCCGUGCUCGGUCCUCUCUACCUGAUAGUCUGGAGAUCAGGCAGGUCGAUGAUGGACAGGAAGGGGUAUUUGUGCUGCAGCACCUGGUAAAGAGGACACGGUUUGGGCCUUUUGAGGCAAAACGAGUGGCCCGUUUGGACAAACAAGUGCAGUUUCCUUUAAAGAUUUUCCUGAGAGACGGGGUAGUGGUCUGCUUUGACACUUCUAAUGAAGACGAUUGCAACUGGAUGAUGUUGGUGCGACCAGCAGCAGACUACAAACACCAGAAUCUGACAGCUUACCAGCAGGAUGAUGAGGUCUACUUCAACACAUCCCGGGAUCUGCAGCCAGGUGCUGAGUUGAGGGUCUGGUAUGGGGCAUUCUAUGCCAAGAAGAUGGAGAAGCCACUCCUCAAGCCACUGGUGUCCCCGCCCCAAGGUGAGAUGGAAAUGUCCCCAUCAAAGCUGACAAUGACUGAGGCAAGUGUUGGGGCAAGCCAAGGCUCUGCAUCCACCGGAGAGAAUGCUGCAGACCAUCUGCUAAGUCACUUGCAGGAGGUCAAGAGCAUAGUUCCACCAGCUGCCAACCACCCUGUCCAGCAAGAUAUGAAGAUGGCAACCCCCAGUAAUGUGUUUGGCACUGAGGCAGUCCCAGCCUCACCAGAGAUCAAGAAAAAGACUGUCCGGGUACGGAAGACAAGAGGUCCCAAGGCAUCUUGCAUAGCAGCAACUCCACCUGAAAGUGAAACAAGAAAAGGUGUUGCUUCCGUGGUUCCUAUGGAGCAGGUCCUCAGUACCGUGCCACCAGAUGUGGGCCUCUCUCUGCUUCGCAGCUCUGAUGUAGUGAUCAGCUCUGGCAGCACAUCACUGAAGUUGCCAAAGUCACCCCGCAACACAGUGCACUCUGGGAAGGUAGCAAUCCGGAAGAGGUUGCUGAAGCAGGGCGGAGAACAUAAACGGGUAUACCAGUGCAGCCUCUGCAACAAGGUCUUCCAGAACAGCAGUAACCUCAACCGCCAUAUCCGUUCCCACGUCAUGUGUACUAUUUCAGGCGAUAAACUUUUCAAGUGCGACGAAUGUGACAAGAUGUUCAGCCGCAAAGAGAGUCUGAAGCAGCACAUUUCGUACAAACACAGUAAAAAUGAGCCCGACAUGGAAUACAAGUACAAGUGCACUACUUGUGAGAAGUCUUUCCGUGUUGAAAAUGCCUUGAAGUUUCACAACUGCAGGACAGAUGAUAAGACCUUUCAGUGCGAAAUUUGCUCCCGCUUCUUCUCCACCAAUAGCAACCUAUCGAAGCACAAGAAGAAGCAUGGAGAGAAGUUGUAUGCUUGUGAGAUCUGCAGCAAGAUGUUCUACAGGAAGGAUGUCAUGCAGGAUCAUAAAAGACGACACACCAUUGUGGGGCCAAAGCACAUGAAGAAAGAGGAACUUGAAGCCAAUGGUGAAGAGGGAACAAAAUACAGGAAAGAGCCUUCAGCAUGUCCCAUCUGUGGAAAGGUGUUCUCUUGCAGGAGCAAUAUGAACAAGCACCUGCUAACACAUGGAGAUAAGAAGUACACCUGUGAAAUAUGUGGGCGCAAAUUCUUCCGUGUUGAUGUCUUGAGAGAUCACAUUCACGUGCACUUCAAGGACAUUGCACUAAUGGAUGAGCAGGAGAGGGAGGAUUUCAUCCGGAAAAUUGGAAUCUCUGUGGAAGACAGCGAUGGCAACUCUGCCGAGGAGGAUGCCGACAAUGAUCCGGAGAGUCACAAGUACAGCUGCAAAAAAUGUCAGGUGACCUUUGCCAAAGGCAGAGACUACCUGAAGCACAUCAUGGAACUUCACAAGGAGCGAGGCUAUGGCUGCAUCAUUUGUAACCGGCGCUUCGCCCUCAAGGCCACCUACAAUGCCCACAUGGUCAUCCACCGCGAGCAGCUCCCAGAUCCGGAGGUGCAGAGGUACAUUCACCCCUGUGAAAUGUGUGGCCGCAUUUUCAACAGCAUUGGCAACCUGGAGAGGCAUAAGAUCAUCCACACAGGUGUGAAAAGUCACAGUUGUGAUCAAUGUGGCAAAUCGUUUGCCAGGAAGGACAUGCUCAAGGAGCACCUGAGGGUUCAUGACAACAUUCGGGACUUCCUCUGUGCUGAGUGUGGAAAGGGGAUGAAGACCAAGCAUGCCUUGAGGCAUCACAUGAAGCUCCACAAGGGCAUCAAAGAGUAUGAAUGCAAGCAGUGCAACCGUAGGUUUGCCCAGAAGGUCAACAUGCUGAAGCACUAUAAGCGUCACACUGGAAUCAAGGAUUUCAUGUGUGAGCUGUGUGGGAAGACGUUCAGUGAGAGGAACACCAUGGAGACUCACAAACUGAUUCACACUGUGGGGAAAACGUGGUCCUGCUCUAUAUGUGAUAAGAAGUAUGUGACAGAGUACAUGCUGCAGAAACAUGUGCAACUGACCCAUGAGAAGGUGGAGGCCCAGAGCUGUCAUCUAUGUGGGACCAAGGUGUCUACAAGAGCUUCCAUGAACCGGCACAUGCGACGUAAGCACCCUGAAGUCGUGACUGUUAGAGUGGAUGACUACGAUGAGCUCCAGGAAACCACGACUGUCGAUGCCUCUACUAUCAGCAUUGUGCAGCCUUCUCUGGCCCUGGACAAGGAGCCAUUAUCAGCUGAGAAGCCCUCCAGAGUGGCAAAGUCGCCCAAGAAAAAGCUGAAGCCGAUGGAGGAAGAGGAUGAGGAGUUGUCAGACUCUGAUGACUAUGCCAGCUUCUCAGCCAAAGGCCCAGAGUUCACAGGAGCUGUGGGGGAUGAGACAAGCUCUGCAGUGCAGAGCAUCCAGCAGGUGGUUGUGUUGACAGAUCCCAGUGCAACAGCCUCGCCUUCGCCCUCCAGCUCUGUGGGGUUGACCAAUAUUACUGUGACUCCCAUCACCACCCCAGCAGCUGCUCAGUUCACCAGCCUCCAGCCCGUGGCCAUGGGCCACCUCACCCCCAGUGACCGGCCCCUCACCCUGGACAGCUCCAUACUAACGGUUACAUUUGAUGCAGUCAGUGGUUCUGCUGUGCUGCACAACCGGCCAGCAGAGUUGCCACCAGAGACCAGCACCACCCCUCAGUCUGUUGCACACUUCAUCAACCUCACCACAUUUGUUAACCCUAUCGCCCACCCCUUGGAACAGCCGUCCUUGGCCUGGAGGCCCGUGACACCAUCUGAGGGCAGCCCUUCCACGACCGGUGUUGACGCUCCUCAGGCGGAGCCCCAGGACGCUCAGACCGAGGCUCCCGGCCCGCCACAAGUGCCGCAAUCAGAACCAACCCAAACCAUCCAGUCACAGGCCCCAGCACAGCCGCAGCAACCGCCUGCCCCACAGCAGAUGUAUAGCUACUAGAGUCCAAGAGCAUAAAGCGUUCCCCCAUGUCCCACAUCCAUGUUAACUGAUGCAACUGGAGAUGGGUAUAGAGAAAGCUUCUUGGGAAAAUCAAAAAAAAAAAAAAAAAUGCCCUCAUGUUGCAAAAGUGAGAGCUUGAGACACUCUCACCCUUGAUAGACUGAAAACUGGAGCUAAAGGUAAAUAAGGGUUCUGUGCAAAGGUUGUGCCUCGUGUGUGAAUUUUGAGCCACUCAGUCAUGCCAUCCUUUAGUCUUAAAUUGUUAGGAAAUUCCCAUUUGAAAAUAUGUCUAAAAGUUACAAGAAAGUCAGUUUUGUAUGAGGAAAAGAUGUUUCACCAAGUCAACCCUUUAAAUGGAGUUUAGAGACCCGAAAACAAAUUUAAUACAAAUUAAAAAUGUUUUUGAAUUCUGUCAUAAACAUGCUUGCACUAGUUACCAUAAUCGACUAACUCACUGUAAAUUAGUUGCCUAUCAAAGAACCAAACAAAUAAUGUGAAAAUAUUAUCUUUGUGUCCUUAUCUUUCCACUGCAAAAGAACAUCAUGUGAGCUUUACCUGAAUGAAACAGCCCUUUAUCUGGACUGCUGUAGUGUGUGUAUUGUGCAGGAUUUGUGUUUCCAUACUGUUGUUGCAGGAACUUUUUCACAGAGAAUGUAUGGACUGGAGAUUGGACAGAUUGUAGUAGAAAAGUGUAAAUGUAAAUGUUUCUUUGAAAAGCCAAACACCAUGCUGAAUGGCCAAGGGUCUUCACAGUGGAAUAUGUUUUACUAUUUGUUUUACAAUAUUUUAUUUUACGAUGAACCUCAUUUGAACGCCAGCUGAAUGGGGUGUACUUCACUGGAGUUUUAUUUUCUUCUUCGUGGCAGAAUUUAUAUUGAACUUCAGUCUUUACUAUGUCAAACAGAAA